UAGGUUUCCUGUGCAGUUUCUGUGAGGGAUUGACCAUGGCGGCUACUGAGAUAGCGCUGCAGAUGGGCGAAGGGUGCCGUACUCUCCCUCUGUCUGGACAUGUGGGGUUUGACAGCCUGCCGGACCAACUGGUUAACAAAUCAAUUAAUCAUGGCUUUUGUUUCAAUAUCCUGUGUGUGGGUGAGACGGGUCUUGGCAAAUCCACUCUUAUGGAUACAUUAUUUAAUACAAAGUUUGAAGCGGAACAAACUUUGCAUUCACAGCCUGGGGUUCAGCUGAAAUCGAGCACCUAUGAUCUGACAGAAAGUAACGUUCGGCUGAAAAUGACCAUUGUUAGUUCUGCAGGUUUUGGAGAUCAGAUUAAUAAAGAAGACAGUUACAAGCCCAUCGUUGACUUCAUUGACUCCCAGUUUGAGGCAUACCUGCAAGAAGAGCUGAAGAUUAAAAGAGUUCUUCAUAAUUACCAUGACUCUCGUAUACAUGCAUGCCUCUACUUUAUUGCCCCUACUGGACACUCCUUGAAAUCUCUGGACCUGGUGACUAUGAAGAAACUGGACAGUAAGGUUAAUAUCAUUCCAAUUAUUGCAAAGUCGGAUGCCAUUUCUAAGAGUGAGCUGACAAAAUUCAAGAUAAAAAUCACAAGUGAGCUGGUUAGUAAUGGCGUGCAGAUCUAUCAAUUCCCAACAGAUGACGAAACCGUGGCAGAGAUAAAUGGAACAAUGAAUGCUCACUUACCAUUUGCUGUCGUUGGAAGCACAGAGGAAGUCAAAAUAGGAAACAAAAUGAUGAAGGUUCGGCAGUACCCAUGGGGAACUGUACAAGUUGAGAAUGAAACACAUUGCGACUUUGUCAAGUUGAGAGAAAUGCUCAUACGGGUGAACAUGGAAGAUCUACGGGAGCAAACACACACACGUCAUUAUGAACUAUACCGAAGGUGCAAGCUAGAGGAGAUGGGGUUUAAAGACAAUGACCCUGACAACAAACCGUUCAGCUUGCAGGAGACAUAUGAAGCAAAAAGGAAUGAAUUUUUAGGAGAGCUGCAGAAGAAAGAAGAAGAAAUGAGACAGAUGUUUGUGCAAAGGGUGAAAGAGAAGGAGGGAGAACUAAAGGAAGCUGAAAAAGAGCUCCAUGAGAAGUUUGACCGUCUGAAAAAACUACAUCAAGACGAGAAGAAAAAGUUAGAAGAUAAAAAGAAAAGCUUGGAAGACGAAUUAAAUGAAUUUAAAAAGCGGAAGACUGCAACAGAAUUGCUCCAGUCCCAGGCGCAACAAGCAGGUGGAUCACAGACCCUAAAACGAGAAAAGGAGAGAAAAAACAACCCUUGGCUGUGCACUGAAUAAUAUUACCACUCUGAUGGAAAUGCCUUCCUAAAAUUGCACCUAUGUUUUACGAAUCACAUUGAUAUUCGUUUGCUUUAAGGAUCGUUAAAUGUCAAUUUUUGUGCAGCAGUUGUUUAAAAAUGAUUAACUACAGUAAUCCUGUAGGAGGUUUAAUAGUCGUAAUGGGUUCUCCAGUUUUACUGUUUUCUGAUGUGUCAUUUGGACAUGUCAAAAAACUGCGGACAUGAGUAUUGCUGAUAUCAGAAGCUGUGGAAGUGGCGAAUCAUGGAACUAUCAAAUUGAAAAGGGUCAAGCUGUUUAGUUGGGCACCAAUUUUAUAAUUAGGGUUCAUGCACACGACCGUAUGUAUUUUGCGGUCCACAAAAAAACGGGUGACGUCUGUGUUACAUCGUUUUAACAAUGCCUGUCCUUGUCCUCAAAACGGACCAGAAUAGGACAUUUUAUUAUUUUGCGGAACGGACAUACGGAUACGGAAUGCACACAGUCAUUUUCGUUUAUCUGCGGCCCCAUUUGAAAUUAAUGGUUUUGCAUACGGGCCGCAAAAAAAUCGCAAACUGACAAAAAAUGUUUGUGUGCAUGAGCCCUUAGAAUGUUGAAAUUGGAGAAUCCAUCUAAAGAGGUAUUCUGCUCUUCAACUUUUAUGGAAUAUCUAGAGGCCGCCUCACCAGACGGGGAGCAGGUUGGGGGACCCUUCCCAUUCUAAAGAUAGCUGUGAUUAGAUUAUAUAGGUUAUGAAUGACACAUAAUAGAAUACCCCUUUAAGUAUUGUGUAUUUUGAAUACAUUUUUUAUUUUUAAGGAAACUUUAAGAUAUAUAUGUUGAAAUUGUAAAUCACUAAUGUUGGUGUAUAGAUCGUAUGUGUACGUGUUCUUCACGUUUUAAAUCACGGUAAUGGCAUUAGUUGAAAUUUUAUGAGGCUGCCCGAUUAAGUCAAGCACUUUUUAAAGGGCCAGCUUCAGAACCCAACUACCAGCUGUUAUUGCUAAGGGAAACCUCAGCAACCUAAAAACUUAUGCUCUAAGGGUAAAUGUAAUAGAACAGGCAGCUAUUCAAACUUUAAUAGCUGCUCUGGCUUCUAGAGGGGGUGCCAAGUGGGGGGACCUCUUGAUGUCUGUAUGUCCUAAUAGGCAACCUCUUUAAUCUUCAGCUAGCAAAGAGUAAAACUAAAUGUGACUAUACACAUCAGACUAAAGUUGAUCAAAACAGACGAUUUCAAUUAAAAGAAAGUUCAUCUGUUGAAUUUUAAGAA